UGCCGUCAUCUUUCAGGAAAUGAAUUUAAAGAAAUUAGAAAUCCAGGAACUUGAACUGAAACGAGUCACGGCGGGUUGGACCGAAGAGUCGAAGAAUAUACUCUCUUUAAGUUAGUUUGAAUGUUGUGCACGCGGAGCAGAAGGAGAUAAUAUGUUGAUAAAGGAAUUUCGAAUCGUCCUGCCCAUUUCUGUUGAAGAGUACCAGGUGGGUCAGCUGUACUCCGUAGCAGAGGCCAGUAAGAAUGAGACGGGUGGUGGAGAGGGGGUGGAGGUACUGCAAAACGAGCCCUACGAGAAAGAGAAUGGAGAGAAAGGACAGUACACACACAAGAUCUACCACUUGCAGAGUAAAGUGCCAACUUUUGUACGGUUACUGGCCCCUUCGUCUGCCCUGAGUAUCCAUGAGAAGGCCUGGAAUGCUUAUCCUUACUGUCGCACAGGUACCAGCCACAGCAGCACAGCUUUACUGAAUAUAUUACAGCAACUGUACAUUCAGAGCUCAUAGGAAUGAUGAAAUUCA